GCCGGGGCCGAGCCGACAGCCUCUCGGGGACCUCCUCGGCCAGCUGUUUAUGCCGUACGCUCGGGUCAGACCGGCUCUGGCUCUGCUCGCUCGACUUAUAUGGAUCGUAAGUUCAAACUAGCCGUCAUCUCUCGAGUGGAGCGACAUCCAGAAAUAUGGGAUUUUACAUCAGAAGACUAUAAGAAACAAGAUGUGCGCUUGACCGCUUGGGACCAGAUCGUCAGCGAAUUACAAGCUGAGGGAUUCAACACAGGUAUCAAACAUUUGUUAACUAUCAGCGGCUAA